UUGCCUCUCCCCUCUCCUUUCUUCUUCCCCUCUUACCUCUUCAGAGAGAGAAACAAAUAUUUCUAAAUCUAUUACAAGUUAACAUGAUCGGACAACUUAUGAACCUCAAGGCGACGGAGCUAUGUCUUGGCCUCCCCGGUGGAGCUGAUCAAGCCGUUGAGAGUCCUGCCAAAUCGGCUGUGGGAAGCAAGAGAGGCUUCUCUGAGACAGUUGAUCUCAUGCUCAAUCUUCAAUCUAACAAAGAAGGUUCCGUUGAUCUCAACAACGUUGCUGCAUCUCCCAAGGAGAAGAAUCUCAUCAAAGAUCCUGCCAAGCCUCCUGCCAAAGCACAAGUGGUGGGAUGGCCACCUGUGAGGAACUACAGGAAGAACAUAAUGACUCAGCAGAAGACCAGCGGCACGGAAGAGGCCAGCAGCGAGAAGGCUGGAGCCGGCUUGGUGAAGGUGUCCAUGGAUGGUGCUCCAUAUCUGAGGAAGGUUGACCUCAAGAUGUACAAAAGCUACCAGGAUCUCUCUGAUGCCUUGGCCAAAAUGUUCAGCUCCUUCACUAUGGGAAACUAUGGAGCACAAGGAAUGAUAGAUUUCAUGAACGAGAGCAAGCUCAUGAACCUCCUGAAUAGUUCUGAGUAUGUCCCAAGCUACGAGGACAAAGAUGGUGACUGGAUGCUCGUCGGCGAUGUCCCAUGGGAAAUGUUUGUCGAGUCUUGCAAACGUUUGCGCAUUAUGAAGGGAUCUGAAGCCAUUGGACUUGCUCCGAGAGCAAUGGAGAAGUACUGCAAGAACAGAUCUUAAAGUCAAUUAAAAAGGAAGAAAAAAAAAAAAGAACUAUCAAUGAUCAACAAUAUGACGGGUUCUUGAUUUUAUAUGUUUUUUUUUGUUAUAAGAUGAUUUUAUGUGGUUAUCUCCUAUAUAUGUGUGUUGUAAUAUUAAAUACUUGAUGGGUAUAUAGGGAAAUAGUAUUAUUUUACUACCAGUAAGAAAGAUGUGGACAAAUUUGUAAUGUGACCAAAAGAGAGGAAACUUCAAAAUCUCUGUGUUUGUGUCAUAUUUAUUGCCCAACAUGUGUCUGUCGGUUUGAUGAUCAAUCACAACUUGAUGUAUAUGCAUAUAUAUAUAAAUUAUGUGUAUGUACAUGGUCAUGUGUUUUGAUCCC